AGCUCUCAAACCGCUUGCAGCUCAAAAGAUUACAUUUCUUUUUAAUGUUGAUGACAGAAAGAUUGAGUUCCGUUUUCGUUGCUGGGCGAUGACCCUCACAUGUGACGCCGCUUAUAAAUACAGGAAGUGAUUAAUCUGUUGUUUUAUUUCUAGCUGAAGCUCAGCUGUUAGUCUGAUCAGAAGACGCUAUGGGUUAUGUGACUUUUGCUGGCGUCGUAGUAGGAGCAGUGGGAGCAGUGGUCCUGGCUCCUGUUGCCCUGGGAGCCAUAGGUUUCACCUCAGCUGGAAUAGCAGCAGGUUCCUACGCUGCAGGAAUGAUGUCUUCUGCUGCUCUUGCUAAUGGAGGAGGAGUGGCAGCAGGGAGCCUUGUGGCUGUUUUGCAGUCAGCAGGUGCAGCCGGUCUAACAGCGACCGCCACUGCAGGCGUGGCGACUGCUGGAGCUGGUGUUGGAGCAAUAGCAGGAAAGCUGACCAACGGUCUGAAAAAAAAAAAAUUGGAAUGAGACUGCAAAAUGGAGAAUUCCGACUGACAUUAUUAGUGCUGAUAAUGUUGUCCACUUACUAAUCAACACUCUUACGAUCCCAGACAUUUCUGUAGUAAAUCUGUAAUCUUUGAUAUAUUGUUUAGUAUUUCAGUUUCUCUUAAUGUCCCGUAACUUAACUAAAUGUUGUUCAGUAACUCUAUUUCACCGAAGUGUAACUGAACAUAGCUGUAAAAUGUUUAGCCAAGAUAAUGAGGUUGUUUUGAAAGAAUAUAAUUGGGACUGAAGGAAAUGGAGAUCAUGCUUUAUUAUGAACACUUCCAACUUUUAUUAAUUAAAAAAUUAACGCUACAAUGUGA